UGGUUCAUGGAUUGGGCACACAAGACAUUAUAGCAGUAAAUGCCAAGAGGCACCACUUCUCACUUCCCCUUCACACACAGAAACCUGUGAAUUCUGAUUAUGUGGCAUCAAAAUGCUGCAUUUCACUCUUCUCUCUUUUCUUACCCCAACUUCAACUCAACAUUCUCAUUCAUUUACCCUUCUCUUUUAAUCAAUAUGUAUAAAUAAAAGAAAAACAAAAGGGACAGGUAAGAAAAAAGAUAAAUCAGGCUCACAGUUUGUUGUCUUGCUCACGGUAUGUGUCUUUCUUUGCCACUUUUGCUUAGCCAGUCAUCAAGUCAUGGCUUCUCAUUCCUUUCUUAAUUUGCAAUGCCUGUAUUAGUAGUUGCCGCUUCCUUCCUACCUUCAUCCAACUUUUAUCACGCUUUUCUUGUGUGUAUAGACAGGAUCCCCAUAUUAUAUUAUGCUCAAAUUUUGUAUCUAUCUUUUUUCUUAAAUAUACUCAAAUUUUAAUAUGACUCUACACUUAUCUAGUUUCUAUUUCUAAUAAGAGAGAUAUACCCAAAUUUUCUGACACUAUAAGAAUGUAGCUUCCAUAAAUUCUCAUCAUGGCCCAAAAAAUAGUGUCUUUAGAGAAGUUGGAACAAGGCACGGGUUUGAAGCUUUAUGGAUCAUGAAAAGCUAGUUAGUCCAUGAAAAUUUUUGAGAAAGAAAAGAAAGGAGAAACAUUUUUCUUUUUUUUUUUUAAAUGAAAUGGAGGCAUUGAAUGAAAGAUCUCUUGCGAGAGUGAUUUCGCAUAGAGUCCUUCAAAUGGGAAUCUCAUUCCCAUGUCAGAUUUGUGUUGUGGGGUUUCUUUGUGAAGUCUGUCUUGCCUCUUUCAUCUUGGCUGCUCUCACUUCCUUUGGCACUUUACAGCUUGAUCGAUUUUCAUUCUCAACCAUGUCAAUGCUUAAUUUGUCUUGGAACUCUGAUCUCAAUAACAACAUCAACUGCAAUUUUAAACCCAAGGAAACAGAGAGAUUGACGGAUUUGAAGAGCAGGGAAGAGAGAGAGUAUUUGCUUUAUUCAGCUUGGAGUUGUGUGUUGACUAAAUCUGAAAGUGAGUGCUUGCUGAAACUUGGAAUUAGUAAGUCCAGUUUGCCUAAAUCCCCUCAUUUGGAAAACUGCAAGGUGAAAACGCAGCUAUAUGAUUGUCUUGAUAAGCGCACAGGAAAUCAUAGCUUCCCCCCAUGGACAAGUUGGAAAGGAUUGUUGGACACACACCCUGCUGCUGCAACCACUGAGCAGAUUAAGAUAUUAAGGCGUCAAGCUGUACUUGAGAGUGCUUAUCCACCUUGGAUUGCAGGAUCUGAUGAAGAGAACUAUCCUUUAACUAGAAAAGUUCAACGUGACAUAUGGAUCCAUCAGCAUCCAUUAAACUGUAACAACCCGAAUGUCAAGUUUCUUCUAGCUGAUUGGGAGAGAUUACCUGGCUUUGGCAUUGGUGCUCAGAUUGCUGGAAUGUGUGGGCUUCUUGCUAUUGCAAUCAAUGAAAGAAGAGUCCUUGUCACUAACUUCUACAAUAGAGCUGACCAUGAUGGAUGCAAAGGAUCUUCCCGGUCUAGUUGGAAUUGUUACUUCUUUCUAGAAACUUCACUAGAAUGUCGUCAACGAGCGUUGGAACUCAUGAGAAGUGAAGAUGCAUGGAGUAAAGGAAUUGUGACUACAAAAGAAAAUUAUACAUCAAGGCAUAUAUGGGCAGGACCAACUCCAAGGAUAUGGGGCGAGCCAUGGAACUAUUUGCAACCAACAACCGAUAUAAAUGGAAGUCUGGUGGCUUCUCAUAGAAAACUGGAUAGACGAUGGUGGAGAGCACAGGCUGUACGUUACUUAAUGAGGUUUCCAACUGAGUACACAUGCAAUUUAUUGAAUGAAGCCCGGCAUGCUGCCUUUGGAAAAAUAGCUGCGGAAAUGGUUCUUGAAAGUCCGGCUGAAGAAUGGCCUGAGGAAAAUAGGAACAAGUCAGGGUCUGGCAUUGAAGAAUAUGUGUGGUCCAAUCACAAGCCAUGGAUCCCUAGGCCUCUUCUAAGCAUCCAUGUAAGGAUGGGAGACAAAGCGUGUGAAAUGAAAGUGGUUGAGUUCGAAGAAUACAUGCAACUUGCAGACCGGAUCAGGAGGCAUUUCCCAAACCUUAAUAGCAUAUGGCUGUCCACAGAGAUGCAGGAAGUCAUAGACAAAAUCAAAGAAUAUUCUGGUUGGAACUUUCACUAUACUAAGGUAAGACGCCAAGGUAGGACUAAUGUGUCAAUGGCGAAGUAUGAAGCUAGCUUGGGGAGGGAGAGCAGCACUAAUUACCCACUGGUUAAUUUCAUGAUGGCUGCUGACUCUGAUUUUUUCGUUGGAGCGUUGGGAUCUACUUGGUGCUUCCUCAUAGAUGGAAUGAGAAAUACUGGGGGAAAGGUUAUGGCUGGCUAUUUAAGCGUUAACAAGGACAGAUUUUGGUAGGGUCUGUAAAUUAGAGCUAGUCAACGAAUAUGUUGUCUAUAUGAUAUUAAUGAUACAAUGUAAAAUAAUUUAAUUUUGUUGUACGUAGUAUUAUUUAUCAUUGUACAUGCCAUAAAUAGCACAACAUGAUAACGAAUCUAUUGAAAAUAAUUAAAGAACAAAAAUCUGGAACUU